AUGGCUUGUGAUGCUUCUCUUCCUCCUCCUUCUCCUUCGUCUGAUCCUCUAGCCUCCGCUCAGCAGCGGAUCGCUGAACUCUCUCUUAAACCAAUUGUUCGGCUUCCCCUGACGCCUGGCUCUGCCCGACAGAGAAUCCCACUAACCUCUUCUUCGUUCCGUAUUCUUAUAAUUGUUCCUGGCUCUUGCCUAAUUCCACCACCCAGUUGCAGUCAGUGUCCCUACAGGUGUAUCGCCCCAAUACUAAGCGCUACUCUACCCCCGCUUCCCUUUGUAAGAUCAUUCGUCAUUCCGUUUCCUAUUCCGUUAACUUUUUUGGUGCACGAACCGAGACGCACGUGGAGACUCACCUUCGGCGGCGGAGGAAUGUAA